AUGUAUCUCCCUACAGGGUUCCUCUCUCCGGUUUUGGUGGAUAUCAAGAAGACGGCAGUGGAAGAUGCUCUAUGCAGUACAGUCCCUUGUGUGAUUGAAUUUUUCAAGGCAUCUUCCAGAAAUCCCGUGACUUCAAACUACAGGCUUAAUGAAAAUAUCAGCUUCCAUGUUGGGACCAGCCAGCCCAAGGCCCCCAUGGGUGACCUCUCCACGGAGGAGGUGGAAUACUGCAUCCUGCUGACCCACAGCGCACUCAGAAGAGAAAACAUGGCCUACUCACUCUAUGUGGGUCCAGGAGAGCAGAAAGACCUGACCCAAAAGUCAGAGCUUCCCAACCCAGAAAGCAGUGUGACCGGAGGGCCUGUGACUUUGACCUGUGCCAUCCAAGACACCUGCCAGGAGCCCAAAGCCCCCUUUCUCUCCUGGAAAGGCCCCACUGUGUCUUCCAACACAAUCCUCUUCAUUAACUCCUCUUCAGAGCAGGCUGUUGCCUCACAGCCCGGGGACCAGGGCACCACUCUCAGAUGCCACGUAAACCUACCCCUAGACAACCUGUUCCGCAGCAAAGUGCUCAAGCUACAGCUGGUCUCACCUGCCAGGCUGCUCAACUAUUCCUGUGUGCUGACGAGGACACUGGUGUGUAGCUGUUCCUUCUUUGGGAUCCCCACACCCUCGGUACAGUGGUGGUUGGGAAGAACCCCUGUGAGUGUGAACAGCGUUGAUAGCAUCCUGCACAUGACCACCACCACACUGGAACCCUGGACCAACAGCACCAUUAAUCUCGUGUGGGAACCAGAAGUCAUUAAGCGUCUUCGAUGUGAGGGGAAGAACCAAUAUGGAGUCCAUGCUUCCAGAAUCUUCUUGAUACCAGACAAAAGUUCCAUUUCCAGUGUGUUCCUGCGAGGACUGGUCCAGGGCCUUGUGUAUGGGACCAUAGCAUCUGUUUUAUUCUUAUUCUUCCUUGUUGUCCUGGUAAUGAAGGUGCUUGACUGGUGGGAGGAAAAUCAGACUUGCAAGAACACAGAAGCCCCGACCCUCAAGAAACCAGUUUCAGGAGAAGCCAAAAUGGCUGAAGUCUGAAGCUGCACGCUGACUCGCCUUGUCUGGGGGUUUGGGAUCCAGGCCUUGUUCAUUCGGAUACCAGGAAAGAGCUCCACAGCUGAGCCAUGGUCC